GUUUAGGGUGGGGAGGAGCUGCAUAACAGGCCAUCUGCAGACUCCUGAAGACAGCAGAGACGCUGAGAAAGGGCUUUCCUCACACAUCGCAUGCAGGCUAUUGGAAGGACUAAAGCAGCAGCUCCCUUGGAUCCGUUCACCAGGGACAGCAGCAACAAUGACUUGGCUCCUUUUCAGAACCACAGGGGCUCUGGCCAUUUUGAUGGUGGUCCUAUUGGUUCAUGGAGAAUUGAGAAUAGAGACAAAAGGACAACACGGAGAAUAUGAGACAGCAGUACAACAAGCCAAAAGGAGAUAUAAACGUGAAUGGGUGAAGUUUGCAAAACCCUGCAGAGAAGGAGAAGACAACUCCAAAAGAAAUCCAAUUGCCAAAAUUACUUCAGACUUCCAAGCAACCCAGAAAAUUACCUACCGCAUCUCUGGAAUAGGAAUUGAUCAGCCCCCUUUUGGAAUCUUUGUUGUUGACAGAAACACUGGAGAAAUUAACAUAACAGCCAUAGUGGAUCGUGAGGAAACUCCAAGCUUCCAGAUCACGUGUCAUGCUCUCAAUGCCGCAGGACAAGAUGUAGAGAGACCACUUAUACUAACGGUCAAAAUUUUAGAUAUCAAUGACAACGCUCCAGUGUUUUCACAGAGUGUGUUCAUGGGUGAAAUCGAAGAAAACAGUGCUGCGAACUCACUGGUGAUGAUACUAAAUGCCACAGAUGCAGAUGAACCAAACCACCUGAACUCUAAAAUUGCCUUCAAAAUCGUCUCUCAGGAACCCGCGAGCACACCCAUGUUCCUCCUAAGCAGACACACGGGGGAAGUCCGUACUCUGACCAGUUCACUCGAUCGAGAGCAAGUUAGCAGCUAUCGUCUGGUUGUGAGUGGUGCAGACAAAGACGGAGAAGGACUAUCAACUCAAUGUGAAUGCAGUAUUAAAGUGAAAGAUGUGAAUGAUAAUUUCCCAAGGUUCAGAGAAUCACAGUAUUCAGCACGUAUUGAGGAAAAUACUUUAAGUUCUGACUUGCUUCGAUUUCAAGUAAUAGAUUUGGAUGAAGAGUUCACAGAUAACUGGCUUGCAGUGUAUUUCUUUACCUCUGGAAAUGAAGGCGGUUGGUUUGAAAUACAAACUGAUCCCAGAACUAACGAAGGCAUCCUGAAGGUGGUUAAGGCCCUAGAUUACGAGCAACUGCAGAACGUGCAACUUGGUAUUGCCGUCAGAAACAAAGCCGUAUUUCACAAAUCAGUAAUCUCCCAAUACCGAGUCCAGUCAACCCCACUCACAAUUCAAGUAGUAAACGUGAGAGAAGGAAUUACAUUCCGUCCUGCUUCCAAGACGUUCACUGUCCAAAAAGGCAUAAGUAUUAGAAAACUGGUCAAUUAUAUCCUGGGAACAUAUCAGGCCAUUGACGAAGACACUAACAAAGCUGCCACAUCCGUCAGAUAUGCCUUGGGACGUAACGAUGGUGGUUUGCUAAUUAUUGAUUCAAAAACUGCUCAAAUCAAAUUUGCCAAAAACAUUGACCGGGAUGCUACAUUCAUUGUCAACAAGACAAUCACAGCUGAGGUUCUGGCCAUAGAUGAAAGCACGGGUAAAACUUCUACAGGCACCGUAUAUGUUAGAGUACCUGAUUUUAAUGAAGACUGUCCAAACAUUGUCCUGGAAAAGGAAGCCAUCUGCAGUGCGUCCCCUUCCGUGGUUGUCUCGGCCAGAGUGCUGGAGCGGGAUAAAUACUCGGGCCCCUACACGUUCUCCCUGGAGGAGCAGCCUCUCAAACUGCCGGUGGUGUGGGGCAUCACAACGCUGAACGCUACCUCCGCGCUCCUAAGAGCCCCGCAGCAGGUGUCUCCUGGCGUGUACAGAAUCUCCCUCGUGGUCACGGAUGGUCAGGGCAGGCAGUGCGAGACACCGGAUAGCUUGACUCUGGAAGUCUGUCAGUGUGACAACAGGGACACCUGUAGCAGAACUGUGGCUCCAACCAACGCCCCCCGGAUCAGAGGGGAUCAGUCGUCCUGGAGGCUGGGGCCUGCCGCCAUCGGCCUGCUCCUCCUGGGUCUUCUGAUGCUGCUGUUGGCCCCUCUUCUGCUGCUGACUUGUGACUGUGGGAUGGGUCCUAUCAGCGGUGUGACUGGUGGAUUUAUCCCAGUGCCUGAUGGUUCAGAAGGAACAAUUCAUCGGUGGGGAAUCGAAGGAGCCCAACCUGAAGACAAGGAAAUCACAAAUAUUUGUGUGCCACCCAUAACUGCCAACGGAGUCGAUGUCACGGAAAACUCUGAAGUUUGUACAAAUAUGUAUGCUGGAGGGACAGUGGUAGAAGGAGCUUCGGGAAUGGAACUGACCACCAUGCUUGGAGCAGCUGCAGGAUCUGGAGCCGCUGCGGGACUUGGAGCAGCCGGGGGACUGGGCGUGUAUUCUGCCGGACUGUCCGGAACAAUGCAAACAAGUCACUCCACCGGAGGAACCAACAAGGACUACGGCGAAGGGGCCGUCAACAUGAACUUCCUGGACUCCUACUUCUCCCAGAAAGCAUUUGCCUGCGCGGAGGACGACGAUGGCCAGGAAGCAAAUGACUGCUUGCUGAUCUAUGAUAACGAAGGAGCCGGGGCCCCCGGUUCUCCUAUCGGCUCCCUGGGUUGUUGCAGUUUUAUUGCCGAUGAGCUGGAUGACAGCUUCUUGGACUCGCUCGGCCCCAAAUUUAAAAAGCUUGCAGAGAUAAGCCUCGGGGUGGAUGACGAAGCCAAAAUAUCUCACCCAGCCACCAAAGACAGCAGUGCUGGGAUUGGAUCCUGUGGCCAAUCUGCAGAGGUCCAGCAGUCAGAAUCUGUUAGGUACCAGGCUGUGUCAGGCAGCCAGGGAGCUUCCGCUUUGUCCGCCUCGGGUUCCAGCCUCCAACCAGCCAUUUCCAUCCCUGACCCUCUGCAACAAGGUGGUAGCUAUUUGGUGACGGAAACUUACUCAGCUUCCGGUUCCCUCAUGCAACCCUCCACUGCAGUCUUUGAUCCACUUCUCACACAAAAUGUAAUAGUGACGGAAAGAGUGAUUUGUCCCAUUUCCAGUGUUCCUGGCAACCUGCACGGUCCAACAGAGCUACAGGCGUCCUGUAAUAAGAUCUGUACAGAAGAUCCCUGCUCCCGUCUGAUAUGACCAAAAUGAACUGGAAUAACAUACUGGCCAAAUUUGGGUAUUUGAACCAAAUUAUUCAAAUCUCACAGUAUUGGCCUAAUUUGGAACUUACUUGCUAAUGUAAUCUCAUGAUCACAGUCUAAAUUUUCCAGUUCGUGCUGUCACUCGAACUGGAAGUGUUGUCACUCUCACCUCUCAGAUACUAUUCAAGUCAUAGUCAAUCACAGUGUUUUUCAAGAAGUCUUAAGAUCUCAUUCAGUGGGAAAAUUCCCUAACAAUUUUUAAAUUUCCAAUGCAAUGUGUUUUAGUGGAUUAAGUGCUUGGAGGCAAGAGCCCCGGUUCUUGCCUCUCUCAUCUUUUCUUACAUCAUUAGGAAUGAUAAUAAGAGUCAUAGGUCUUUGCUAAAGCAUUUUGAGCUGCUUCGAAAAAAGGAAACAGUUGUAGUUGAAUUUCUGCCAUCUUCCUGGUGCUGGGAGACCCUAGGUACGUCUUCUGCUCAUGCUAAGGGUGUUGGCUUAUGCGUUAAACUUGCUGUAUCUAUAUUCCUCAUAUUCUCACAGAAGACAGUUUUGAAAUAGAAAUAUCAUAGAACAGUUAGGAAAGUUUAGUAUGGUGUAAAUAUUUCGUGGUUUUUUUUUUAAAUCACCUUGGAAGGAUUUAUCUAAAAAAAUUUUUUUUUACAUUAAGGUCUUUCCUGCACACUUCUCAGUAACAAAUCCUGUGUUAAUAGUCUUUGAAAAUUACUCAUUUUUUUAAACGUCAGUGGGUAGAUAUAGGUUACAUAGGACAUACAGUGAUGUUUAUCAUGUUAGUGAUGUCGACAGACUUCGUGGGAACUCAAAACAUGGCUUUUCUCAUACGCAAAAGAGGCCUCUGAGUAGAAUAACAUACAGUGACAUUUGUGAAUAUGUAUUAUAAGAAGUAACAUUUCAGGUCAAAAAGGGACAUGGAAAGGGAUUAUCAGUAACUUCUAUUUUAAUAAGCCUCAUUCCUUUUAAAUUAAACAGCUACAGCAAUUUAAUUCUUGAGCAUAACAACGUUAGGUUAGUGAAGGCUUAGAAUAUAGUAUUUCAUGCAUGUUACCGUGACAGCAAUGCAGUUCUUCAAAUCAUUUCUGGUCAUUCAAGAUCUCCAGCCUCUAGCCCAUAGAGAGCACCCUAUCUCUUACCAACAUUUUUGUCUUAGCCGAGUCUUUACAAGGUCACUGUCUGGCUCCAUUCUCUCUAAUUGUAUAAAAAAUACUCCUUUCUGGGUUUUGCCAUAUUCAAAACCUACAUUUCUUUUUCCAGAUGGAAUGCAAAGAAAUAAAGUGUUUGUGUUUUGAUCCAGAAGGGUGCAGUCCUGAGGAUUUCUGGGGGAAAAGAGCCGCCCUAAAUGUCCUUACAUCUAGCAUUCUUCUCUCUCCCUGGCGCCGUGACUACCAGGAAGGCAUGUGCACAGGCAACCUGUUCUUCUGAGACAAGGCUCUGAGGCAUUAAGGCCUGCAGGGUGCCCAUCUCGAGGGGAGGGGAGCUAGACCCUCUGGAGCAGCCUCCUGGGGCCUGAAGACAUCACCUUGCUGUCACCACUGGGGUCUCUCCUCAACAGAAGCUUGCUCUGGGGUCUAGAACACACAGAGUGGAUUUGUGUCUCUGUUUAUGUACGAGAAUUAACUUAAUAAUCAAAAUAACCCUUAUUCCAAGUUCAGAAGCGUUGUCAGGGCCCUCGAAGUAUUUUAACAUUGCCUCUUAAACUCCAACUUUUCAGGAAAUGGGAAUUCUGCAUUGUCUAACUGCAGAGGAAACCCCACCAUGGUAGAAAUGUCUAAUAGGGGAAAAAUUGAAAUUAAAUAUGUUUUAAAAUAAAAAGUAGAUCAGUUUUGUCUAGGAGGACCUAAAAUUGAUUUGCUAUGUAAAAUUAAAUUCAAAGCAAAAAUGUAUCUGUAUUUUUUCACUAAAAAUAAAAAUUGUUUUAAGCAGAAAAACUUUUUAAAAACUGCCUUUUUACUGGAUGUAUUAUAAAUUUUAAGCAGUACAUAUUAAAAUUUUAACCAUGUAACAUUGUUGCAAUAAAACUGUUUGGCAACAAA